CCGCCAUUCCUACCCUUGCAAUCUCUCCUCGAAAUCUUGGCACACAAUCAAGUCGAAUUUUGGAACCUUACCCGAUGCCCCUAUUGGCCUUCGUUGCAUCUUUGAUCCCUGUGGCGCUCGACGGCUGCAUGCCUACCGAGCCCACAACACACUUCCAACGUCAAAAUUCCCCUACGCUGCCUCGACAACUCAUCUUGCGUAUGGAUGCUCUGACUCUUCGUCCGGUGUUUGCUCCACUACCCGUAACAGCGCGAUUGGUUCUGUCUCACCGCGAUAUCGCGACGCCUUAUCUCGAGAGCACGCACACUGUCGCGAUGCCUCUCCACGAAUGCGCUAUGGCCGCGUAGAUGUCCUGUAUCAUUUACACC